AUGGCGACAGGUGUGCGGGAUAAUCAGCAGCCUGAUGACCUAGAGGCAGGAGAGGGAGUAUACGUGAAAGCUGAAAUGGAAGGCCACAUCCCUGUGAAUUUGUAUUCUGGUGAGCUGUUUGAGUCUUUGAGUGAUAAGGCUAUAGAGAGCCGAGUGGGAAAAGGGUCCGGUAGUCCCACGCCUGGAAGAAAGUUACCUCGGUUUCCGGGAGCUUCAUCAGAGUGUUUGUCUGAUGUGGAACCUGACACCAGGGAGCUGGUCAGAGCUCAGAACAAGAAGAAAAAUAAGUCUGGGGUCUUCCAGUCCAUGGGUAAGAAAUUUCUCAGUUACCCAGUUUUGAAAGGGGUCAUGAAGAAGGGGUACAAACAAGUCCCUACUCCAAUCCAGAGAAAGACUAUCCCAGUGAUUCUAGAUGGCAAGGACAUGGUUGCCAUGGCAAGGACAGGCCGUGGGAUAACAGCUGCGUACUUGGUGCCCAUGUUUGAGAAUUCCGAAGGCCCAUGUCUAAAGGUCCCCCAGGCCCAGACAGGGGCCAGGGCUCUCAUCCUGACCCCCACCAGAGAGUUGGUGCUGCAAACCAUGAAAUUUGUGUUUCAGUUGGGGAAAUGCACUGGCCUUAAGACUGCUUUGAUCCUUGGUGGAGACAGAAUGGAUGAUCAGUUUCCUGCACUUCAUGAGAACCCAGACAUAAUUAUCAGUACCCCAUGUCGUCUGAUGCAUGUUGUCAUGGAGAUGAACCUGAAGCUACAGAGCGUGAGUGAGUACGUUGUGUUUGACGAGGCUGACAGGCUGUAUGAGAUGGGCUUUGCUGACCAGCUCCAGGAGAUCAUCCGGAGGCUUCCAGAAACACAGACACUGCAGUCCUCCGCCACCCUACCCAAACUACUGGUGGAGUUUACUAGAGCUGGGUUGAUGGAGCCAGUGCUGAUUCGUCUGGAAGUGGACAGCAAGCUGAGUGAGCUGCUGAAGCUGUCGUUCUUCCACCUGAGGAUGGAUGAUAAGCCGGCUCUGCUUUUCCACCUGCUGAGGAAUGUGGCGACGCCCCAGGAGCAGACAGUAGUCUUUGUUGCCACCAAACACCAUGUGGAGUACCUCAGAGAGCUGCUGUCCUCUGAGGGCGUGGAGUGUGCCUACAUCUACAGUGCCCUGGACCAGACUGCCAGGAAGAUCAACAUUGGUAAAUCUUUCCACCGCAAGGCCAUGGUGCUGGUUGUUACAGACGUGGCUGCUCGUGGUAUAGACAUCCCCCUGCUGGACAACGUCAUCAACUACAACUUCCCCUCCAAAGCCAAGCUCUUCCUGCAUAGAGUUGGUCGAGUUGCACACGCAGGCCGCGGUGGCGCUGCCUACAGCCUGGUGUGUACAGAUGAGAUACCUUUUGUCUUUGACCUCCAUCUCUUCCUAGGGAGACCCCUUCAGCUGGCUACACCUGACCAUCAGCAAGGCAAGCCAAAUUUCGGUAUCCAAGUCUACGCCCCUUCGUUGGUCAUUGGUCAACAUUUGAGGAAGUCUAUACUGGCCACGGCUUCGCAAGAUGGUUCUCAUGAAAAUCACACACAUAUGCUCCCUUACUCUUGCUAUGAUAUUAACCCACAUUGCUUUGGUCUAUUUUCAGGGUCAGGCUUAGAGAAAAUGGAACUGGAGCGCCUUCAAAUAGUGGACUGCAUUAAGGACUACAAGGCUAAAGCUGUACUUCUGUCAUUUCUCCACCAGGGGGUGUUAUCUGAGAUAGUGGGGGGGAAGAGGAGGAAGCCCCAGGGCGAGGAGGAGAGGCCAGACAGUAAGAAGGCCAAACAGACUGACCACGGUGAGAACUACAUCCCCUACAGACCCAAAGACUUCAACUCUGAGAGAGGACUGAGCCUGGGAACAGAAGGCACAACGUUUGAGCACACUGCUGUACUGGACCUGAUAGGAGACAGACUCAACCAGCAAAAACACAUGAUGAAGUGAGAUCGCAAGAGAAAGCGCUUUGUCAAAGAAACAGGAAAGGAGGCAGACCAGAAGAAGAUGAGAACAGAGACGGGACAGAUGAUCAAGAAGAACUUCUAUGAAGAGUGGAAAAAGAAGUACAAGGUGGUUGACUGAGGAGAUUCAGAUGGAGAGGCUGGGGAAGGAGGUGUGGAGCGCAGGAAGACAGAGAAACAGAGGUGCCUGCUGAGUGGAGGCUUGAAGAAGCUCCGGGGCAUGGGCAAGCAGCGCCUCAAUGACCAGAAGAAGUUUGGCUUCGGCUGUGGUGUCCACAAGAAGGGCAAGAUGAAGAAGAGACUGUGAGGGAGGGGAUGAUGAAUAGAUGAGGUAUGUGGAAAAAGAGGUAGUGAGAGUUGGAAGAAUUGACGAGGAGAUGAGGCAAUGGAUGGAGAAGCUUGAUCCCAAGUUGGAGGGAUAUGGAAGGUGGAUGUCAACAGUUUAAAGUUGCCUUUCUCUCUCCCCCC